GCCAAUCAAAGAAGUAUGAUGAUCUAAUGAUGAUCAGAUGAUGGAUUGCCUUCUUGCCUUAUUUCCAAUUCUGGCCUUCUCAUCAUAGUUUUGUUUACUUCCCCCCCCCACCCACAAAAAAAAACCAAUUCUGGCACCAACAUUUUAAUUGGUCCAAGUAGCCAUUCUAGAAAUGUGGAAUAUAUGAAUCUAUACCACAGCAUGCGUUGUGAAUUGGAUACCCCAUCCAUAGAAUUAGUUCCUAUAUACGCCCUGCCUUUACUCAAUCCUUUUAAUUUCCAAAGCUUCAUAGCUUCGCUUAGCCACCUUCUUCAUUUGCUGAUAUCAUUCUGUAAUCAGUCGAGGGUGAUCGAAGAUGGAUCAUGCUGCUGAAGCUCAUAGAACUGACCUGAUGACCAUCACUCGUUUUGUUCUGAAUGAGCAGUCCAAGUAUCCUGAGGCACGCGGUGAUUUCACCAUGUUACUCAACCACAUUGUUAUCGGCUGCAAAUUUGUCUGCUCCACUGUUAGCAAGGCCGGCCUUGCAAAGCUGCCUGGACUUGCUCGAGAGACGAAUGUUCUGGCCGGCCUUGCAAAGCUAUUUGGACUUGCUCGAGAGACGAAUGUUCUGGGUGAAAAACAAAAGAAAUUGGAUGUGCUUUCAAAUGAAGUUUUCAUCAAGGCAUUAAUUAGCAGUGGUCGCACUUGUAUUCUUGUUUCUGAAGAGGAUGAAGAGGCUACAUUUGUGGAGCCAUCAAAGCGCGGAAGGUACAUUGUUGUUUUUGAUCCAUUGGAUGGAUCGUCUAAUAUCAACUGUGGUGUUUCCGUUGGAACUAUAUUUGGGAUUUACAUGGUGAAAGAUAAGGAAAAUCCGACUCUUGCUGAUGUACUGCGCCCUGGGAGUAAUAUGGUAGCUGCUGGUUAUUGCAUGUAUGGACGCUCUUGCACGCUGGUGCUUAGUACUGGAAAUGGAGUCAAUGGCUUCACACUUGAUCCAUCCCUUGGGGAAUUUUUAUUAACCCACCCUAAUAUUAGGAUUCCAAACAAGGGAAAUAUCUACUCAGUAAAUGAAGGAAAUACAGGAAUCUGGGAUUUGCCAACUGGCAUAUAUGUGGGAAGAUGCAAGUUUCCCCCGUAUGGUUCAUCUGCCAAGUCUCUCAGCAUGGUUGCUGAUGUCCACAGAACAUUAUUAUAUGGUGGCAUCUCUUUGUACCCUGGCGACGACAAAAGCCCAAAUGGGGAACUACGAGUCCUUUAUGAAGUUUUCCCAAUGUCAUACCUAGUUGAGCAAGCAGGAGGGCAAUCUUUUACUGGCAAGAAGCGGGCACUUGAUGUGGUCCCAAAGAAGAUACAUGAGAUGUCCCCAGUAUUCCUUGGAAGCUAUGACGAUGUCGAGGAAAUUAAACUACUUUAUGAGACUUAUGACAGGCCGACCUCGAAUUCUUCCUCUUCAAUUCUGAGGUGGUUUGGUGGCUCGGUUUGAGUCGUAGAAGGUGCAGCAAGGAAGAGAAGAAGUCAGCGCCGUCGUUUCAGGUUUCCAGUCGGAACUUGAGUUUCCGGCCACCUCUGGCGGCAAUUCUUGUUGAGGCUUAGCACCACCGCUACCAUCUAUCAUUCGUAGGUUGCUCGUUAACCUACCUAGUGUAAUUUUUCUAUUUUCCUUAAACUGCCAUGAUAACCAUGGAAUGUUAUUUAUGGAUGUUGUAUAAUAUAGGUUUGGAUUGAUUUAGAAUUUCCUGGAUAUUAUGUUGUAGACUCGAAUUGUUGGAUGCAGUCUUUUUAAUUAUCAGUUGGACAUGUUUGGAUA